AUGUGUUCUGAUGAAGAAGGAUCAAAAAAGAUCCGUUUGGAUUCAGAUCACUUGGCAUCCGAAGCUGAAGAAUCCGAUACUUGUACAGAGUCUGGAUCUCCUCUUCCAAAACCUAUAAAAGUUGGUCAACUAUACCAAUGUCCGUGUUGUUCCUACUCAGCAGAAAAACUCUCUGGGUUAAACCGCCACAGAAGAAUACACAACAGGUCGGCAAAAGAAUGUGAAGAAACCCCACUGAAUAAACCAAUUCUGAAAUCUGAGACAUUUUGUAAAGAAUGUAACAUUCAAUUCAGUUCCGUGAAUACAUUUAGAGGCCACAAGAAAUUUUAUUGUUCCCGUCGGAACAAGGAAACUCGGAAAGUAGAGUCACCAAAUGUAUUAAAUAAGCCUGAAAUUGGAUCGCAGAGUCCCGUGAAUUCACUGACGCCAGUUACUCAUCAUUUGUCAAAUGUUCCUUAUCAUGUGACAGCGGGGAGCUCAGUAUUGUCGACGCAGACGGCAGUUAUUGUAGCAGCCCCUAUUUUAGCACCGAAUGGCAUCCCAAGCCUUGCAUUUACCGUACCAACAGUCAUCGUACAACCAGUCGUUUCUUCUGCUAACCUCACCCAGCCUGCCCAGGCCCACCAAACCACCAUUCCUACGUCGAAUUCAAGCAAAGAUCAACCAUUAGAUUUAAGUACUAAGAAGGACGAUGCAAAAUCAGAAGAGAAAGUCGCAGUUGAACCGCUUUCACCAACAGUUUCAGAAUCUUCAGAUACGAGGAACCGAAUCAAAGAAGAGUUUGAUUCCACAUCUGCAGAAAGAAAAUCAGUUUCUGAAAGUUCUUCAUCUUCUUCAGCCUCGUCUGCUUCAUCUUCUUCAUGUUCUGCCACCACUACUACUACAGCUACCACCACGACCACCACUGCUGCAGCCGCUGCUAUUGCUGCCACAACAUGGUCGACCACAGAACCUAACGUUCUCAACCAGUUUUUCAAACAAGCCGCUCAACAGUAUCCACACCAAACGGCUUUGAUCACUUCUCCAAGCGGUCAGACUGCAACAGCGCAUGUCAGCAAGUGCAUGGAAUGCAACAUUGUCUUCUAUAAACACGAGAAUUUCAUCGCCCACAAGCAGCACUACUGUGCCAGCAGGAGGGCUGUGAAGACAUCGCCGCAAAUAUCACCGAAACUGUCCCCGCGUGAGGCGGCAGAGUCCAAUUCUAGCAGUGUGGUGCUUGCUAAGAAAUCUCCUGAACUCAUCAACAAACCAUCCGUAUCGUUGAACAGUGAAGAGAAACUCGAUCUUCUAAACAACAGCAGUAAAACUCAUGUGAUGUCUGCUGAGAACUCUGACAAGAAAGCUAAUUUCAGCUAUUACUGUGUCCCUUGUAAAAUAAAGUUCAGUUCAGCAUCGACCCUAAAGGCCCACAAAGAUUAUUAUUGUCCACAUGGUAAGAACAGUGAACAGUCAUUAAUUUUAUGCAAGGCCGAUGGUCAUUCUGAAAGCAGUUGCAGUGAGGCAGAUGACAACUCUUUGGAAGACAGUUUUUACACUUGCAACCACUGCCACACUUCGUAUACUUCAUCUAGGUUAUACCGUCACCAUUACUGUCCCGCUAAUAUGCAGAACCCAAUGGUACGCUGCCCACAUUGUGAUUACGUUGCCCCCACUCAGAACAAACUGACCGAGCACAUGAAAGCUCACACCUCUUCGCGAGGCUACAAGUGUUUAUUGUGUGGUUACCGUGGCAAUACUGUACGGGGCAUGCGAAUGCACGGCAAGACCCAUACAGACAACGGUGAGGAAUUUAAUGAGAAACAUGUCCUGGAGGUCGAAGAACCACCGCUUCUGCCAGUUUCUUUCAAAAAUGGUACGUCUGAUGUGUUUGGAAGUUUAGACAUGGAAGCUGAAUUGAUUCGACUGAAGAAUGAGCCGUACAAAAGAAGAAGAUCUCGAAAAUCCUACGAACGUAUGGAUAUAUCAAAUCACGAACUUUUGCAUGCUUGCAAGAUAUGUGGGGAGACUUUUAGUGACAUGAAAGCAUUCCAGAUGCAUAAUUCUAUUCACCGAACUUCUCCUUUAGUAUCUCAUACGAUUCCAAGGCCGAAAUCUGUGAAUAACAACAAAGACUUAGAAGAUUCUAGUCCCAGCAACAGCCAACUUCACAAUAUCCAUGUUACUUCUUGUUUGGAUCAAAAUGUUACAAUAACAUCGAAAAAAUUCAAAUACACAGAAAAUGCUGAUCCAAACAGCACCCCUUUAAAAUGUUUUCCAAAAACAUCUGGAGAAAUCUCUCCAACGUUGAGUCAACCUCGGAAAACGUCUUCUUACAACAGUAGCGUUCUCUGUCUAAAAUAUGAAGACAGCAAAGAUGGAAAUCUGAAGAAUGCAGUGAAUUCGUUCCAGUCUGCAGGUGUGCAGAAUAGUGCAGAAGAAGCUGUCGCAAACGACCACCAAACUAAGACGGCUCCUUCGAUUAGCCCCUUAAUCCAGGUAAAACCUGAACCCAUCGACCAUGGCUAUGAUAAAGCUGAGAAUAACAUGAGUGGGCCUCCGCCUCAAAGCAACAGCCCUUCUUUGUCGGAAAUUGCUAAUAUUUGUGUGAAAAUUGAGGCCGAGAAGGAAGAGUGCAGUGAAAAGAGAGAAACCGGUCUGAAUCUGUCCUCACCAAAAGAAGAAUCUUCUGUUCCGCCACAUUCCAAACUUGAAACCUCCACAAACCAUACCCCCAAGACCUCUCCGUCUCCUCCCCGACCCUCCUCCACUCCUUCUUCCCCCACUGCCGCUCCUUUAUCUGUCCUAGCCACUACAUCGUCACCCCUCUAUGUAUAUAACAAAUCCCAGUACUUGAAAGGGGAGAGAACUGAUACUUCCUCUAACCAUGUGCCAGAGACGCAUCUCUCCAAAUAUUGCCAGCAAUGUGAUAUUAGUUUUACUUACUUAGCGACGUUCUUAGCUCACAAAAAACAUUAUUGUAGUGCCCGAUUUCCGACAGAGCCGAAACCAUCUGUGACUGCUUAAAUAUUUCGCUUUUUAACUAAAGGAUUGCGUCCAUGCAAUUCAUACAGACUCUCACACACACAUACAAACACAAACAACCUCAAUAGGAAAUGUAUAUUAAAAAAAAAAAAGAAAAGAAAUGAAACAAAAUAAAAUGAAUAAAUAAAUAAAAUUAAAAUUUACAAUU